AUGACACAAACAGGGCAAGAUCUCCCUCUCUAUGGCUAUGGGAUUGCAACGGGAUUUACUGUCACUUCAUGUAUCGUCUGCGCCCCAGAGAGUCAGAGAUCCACCGCGCUACGAUCGAUAGAACGACGUCCUCUGCGUUUUGCGAGAUUUCGCAGGCGUUCUGUUGCUAAGCAUUGGUUCCAUCCAAAGUGCGAGUCACUUUUGCUUGGAGUUGGUACCUUUGCGCCGGCAGUAAAAGUGUGGAGUAUACUCAUUUUCCAUCACCAACUCCGGAAACCUGGUUGCUUAUUCGCCUUUCAGCGGUAG